GCCGCGGGCGCCCCGCUGGCCUUCGCCGCGACUUUUUCGCUGGAGCCGCUGCGGCGCUGGGUGGGAGCCUGGCUCGCGGAGCUGGGCCAGGCGCGGCCCCUGCGCCUCGCGGGCUACGGCCAGCUGCUGCAGGAGCUCCGGGCCCCGGACGCCUUCCGCGGGGCUGCCGCGUGCGUGGGCCUGCUGAGCUUCGCGGACUGGCAGCGGGCAGGCGCCGGCUGCGCCGCGGGCUUCGACGCGGCGCGCUUCCGCACUGACCUGCGGCUGCUGCUGGAGAGCGUGGAGUCGGCGCUGGAGUGGUGCCCCGGGCUCCUGCUGGUGGUCUGCCCGGCUCGCCCCGCCGCCGCGGCUGGGCCGGAGCGCCCGCGGCUCUUCGCGGAGGGCCUGGAGCAGUUGCAGCAGCUCUCGCAGCAGCAGCCGCGGCUGCGCGUGCUGUCCCCCUCCGAGCUCGCGGCGUGGUACCCGGUCGAGGACCCCCACGACGUCAUGGCCGAUUCCUUAGGGCACGUGCCCUACACCGAGCCCAUGUGGUGCGCACUGGGGGCUGCAGCGGUGCGGAUGCUGCUUCCCGCGCUGGCUCCGCCACUGAAGGCCGUGGUGGUCGACUGCGACUACACGCUGUGGCACGGUGCGGUCGCCGAGGUGGGCCCCGCAGGCCUCGUGUGCGGCCCGCGCCACCUGGAACUCCAGGAGCGCCUGCUCGCGCUGCGGUCGACUGGCGUGCUCUUGUGCCUGUGCUCGCGCAACGCCGAGGCGGACGUGUGGGAGGCGCUGGAGAACGGGGAGAUGCUGCUCCGGCGGGAGCACGUGACCCGCGCCUGGCUGGAGGUCGGCGGCGCGCCCAAGUCGCGCGGCUUGCUCGAGAUGGCCGGGGAGCUGCACGUGGCGCCGGAGAGUGUGCUGUUCGUCGACGACAAUCCAGCCGAGUGCGCCGAGGUGCGCGCUGCGCUGCCCGAGGUGCCGGUGUGGUGCGUGCCGCAGCGGCACGCCGAGUUCCGGCAGCAGCUGAGCCACGUGUGGCGGCUCGACGUCGGCAGCGCCGCUGCGGCGGGAUCGGAGGGCGGCCGCCGCGCGGACUUCUACAGGCAGGACGCAGACCGGCGUGCGCUGCGGGCGGGCGCCGCCUCGCUGUCGGAGUUCCACAGGCAGCUGCAGGUGAAAAUAGCCUUCCAGGACCACAGCCAGGCGUCGUCGAGCUCCCGGGAGCGCUUCCUGCAGCUGCACGAGCGCACCAACCAGUUCAACGCCUGGAAGAGGUGCCCCGUGCCUCCCGACGCGGUGGAGCGCUGCGAGGGGCUUCUCAUGACGGUGGAGGACAGGUACGGGGACUACGGCCUCGUGGGCGCAGCACUGUGCCAAAGGCGAGGAGAUCGCUUGGCGGUCAUCAGCUUCACAAUGUCUUGUCGCGUGCUGGGGCGCGGCGCCGAGCAUGCUUUGUUGGCUGAGCUGGGCAGGCUAGCGCUGCGGCCGCCGCGGUGCCGCGUCGUGGCCGUCGGCACCGCGCGCGCGGCGCGCAACCAGCCAGUGCUCCGCUUCCUGCAGCGGGCCUCGAACUCGCUGGCGGAUGAUGCGCAGCGCGCAGGGUGCGCGGCCGAGACAGGCGAGCUCGCUGCCAGCGGCAGCGGCCUCUGGGAGCACGAACUCCCCGAGCGCUGGCACUUCUACGACGCAGAGCGCCUGAGCGGGCUAGAGUUUGACCCCGACGCGGAGGCGGCAGACGCCGCAGAGGCCGCGAAGGCGGAAGGCUGGGACGGGGCCCCAGGCGAGGCGCCGCCAGCGGGCGCGGUGCAGCCAGACCUCCACGAGGAGCAGCGGCGUCGACGGCUCUGCGACCUCGCAGAGGCCCUGACGCGCAUGCCGCUGGACCUCCGCACCGUGCAGCAGGCGAUGCGCAGGCGAGGGUGCGAGCUGGGCCCGCCCGUCGAGCAGGCGGGCGCGAGCGACAGCGCCCGGGCCCUGCAGUUGCUGAGGGCGAUCUGGCGCAGCGUCCUGCAGCUCGGGCCGCCAGGCGCCGAGGGCGAGGCAGAGGACCACCAGGACGACGUGCCCUUCGCGUCCCUGGGCGGCGACUCGACGCUCGCCGUGCAGCUCAUCUCCAUGGCGGCCCGCCACGGCCUGCAGCUGCCGCACGACCUCAAUGUGGAGAUGGCCACCAUCGGGAAGCUGGCGCAGCGCUGCUCCGUCUGCGUGGGUGCCCCCUUGGCCCAGAGAGCUGGCGCAGGCGAUGGAUCUGGUGGGGCGCAGAAGGGCCUGCGCAUACUCGAGCGCGACGGGCGCAACCCUUCAGGUGCCUUAAGCGCUCUGGGGGGUAUCAGUGCCUGCGCGGAGGGCCGGCUUGAGGAGGCCCAGCAGCUGGCUGCCAGAGGGUGGCACCCAGCCUACGCUGUGGACAAGCACAGAAACACGGCGUUGAUGUGGGCCUCUGGAUGUGGCCAUUUGCCCGUGGCGAGGUGGUUGCUCGAGGAGGUUGGGGUGGGCGUCGACGUCGGAAACAAGGACGGGCGUACGGCGCUGAUGUGGGCCUGCAAGAACCGGCAGUUUGAUUCCGCCGAGUAUCUCCUCUAUCAGGCUGGUGCAGACGUGUCCAUCCGCAUGAAGGACGACAGCAGUGCCUUCGACUGGGCCGUCCUUGGAGGAGAUCUUCCGACCAUGGAGCUGCUCGCAUCCCAUCCAGGAGUGGACAUCAAGGCCCUGAACAAGUUUGGCUGUGCAGCGGUGCAGUGGGCAGCUGCCUCAGGAAAUAUCGAGACGUGCCGCUGGCUGCACAGCAAGGGCCUGGAUUUCGCCCAUCUGAACCAGGCGCGGCACGGGGCCGUCAACAAGGCUGCAUGGAAGGGGCACCAGGACCUCCUGCACUGGCUCCUUGUGGACCCCGGCGGCCCCUUGCUGAUCCCGCAGCUCCUCAUGCCGGACCUCGACGGACGCUCCGUGGCGGAGCUCGCGCGCAUGGGUGGGCACGCACAGGUGGCCAAUUGGCUGGAGGAGCUGGCCGCGCACGCGCGGCGGCAGCUGGGCGCCGAUGGAGGUUCAGACAUGCUGGCGCCUGAGGAGGCUGCGCGGAUGAAGAGCAGAUGCCUCGCGAGGUAG